UAUGCAGUCAGUUCUUCGAAGAAGUAAGCCUAGGCGAGGCAGCUUCCGCAGUAGUAAUUUUGUUAAACUCAAGCCAUGACUUCGAAAGCUAUUUGCGGCAUGGCGCCGCUCGCCUCCUUGCCGGUGGAGGCCUCCCGCAAACAGCUGUGGGUGGCGCUGAGGCUCUGGUACACCCGGCCGCACGUCGUCAACCGCAAGCUCUUCAUGGCCAAGGAGCUGUUCUGCGGCAGGGUGCGCUCCCGGCCGGACGUCGCGUCGCUCGCCGCUCGCUCCGGCCCGGCGGACUUCGUCCACCGAACGGGGCGGGAGGUGAGGGACCACUUGGAGCACCUCGGAGCCGAGAUGCAGGACGUGUGCGAGCUGGACCUCGACGCAGACAGCGGGGGCAUGUACGUAACAGCCAGGCUGCUGCUGCCCAGGAAGAGCGAUACGUCGACUCCGGUGGUGGAGCUUUCCUUUAUAAAUCCAGGUGGUGGGGAGAUGGUGUUUGCGGUGGUCCCGGGAGAUGCCCAAGGCCAGAGGUUCUACGUGAGCUGCCCGUACCGCGUGCGCGCCGGGGGCGGUGUGCUGGAAGUGGCUGCGGGCACGGAGCACCACGCGUGCCCGAGCGCAGACUGGCUGGCCGCCCAGCUGGUGCCGCGCCUCGUGAAGUGGGCGGAGACCGCCCCGGAGGAGGGCCGGUCGGGGCUGGCGGCCGGCUCGCUGCUCCUGGUGUCAGAGCAGCGCUACCACGAGGUGUACCGCCACCUCAAGGAGACUUAUGGCAAGGAGUUGGUGCAGAACUGGAAGGAAGUGACGGACCCGCGCAGAUAUGUGUACGAGGACAUUGCCAUCGCAGCGUAUCUGCUGGUGAUGUGGGAGCAGGAAAGGCAGGCGAAGGGAGCUCCAGCUCCCAGGCAGUCCUUUGUCGACCUGGGCUGCGGGAACGGCCUGCUGGUGUUCCUGCUGUCCAGCGAGGGACACCCAGGAGUAGGGGUGGACGUGCGUAAGAGACGCAUCUGGGACACGUACCCUCCCGGCACCAGGCUGGAGGUACGUGCUAUAACACCUUCUAAAAAUUGUACAUUCCCACAAACCGAUUGGAUAAUUGGAAACCAUUCAGAUGAGUUGACACCGUGGGUCCCCGUUAUCGCAGCACGAAGUUCCCCGCACUGUUGCUUCUUUCUCCUGCCAUGCUGUCUCUUCGACUUCGACGGCAGUCGAUACAGGCGGGAAUGCAGCAGCAGCAGCCGCUACGGCGAGUACCUUGAGUAUGUGUCUCGCAUCGCGCUCGUGUGCGGUUAUGCUCCGCAGUCUGACCGCCUGAGAAUAUCGUCCACCAAGAGGAAGUGCAUCGUUGGGUUUGAUCGGAAGUGCAGUUCCAGCACAGUUAAAGAAAUCGACCUAGCCAUCCAGGAACUUAUAGACGAGAGGUGUGGUAAAGUCUGCGACAGUAGUGAUGGAGCCAGUGGAGCUAGUGGAGUGUGGGCGGAGUUCACUCCACGUGCUGCGAAAGAGGCUGUGCGGAACUGCACGCAGAUCGAUAAGGGGAUUGUUCAAGAAAUUUUAUCGCUAAUUUGUAACGUUUUGUUGGGAAUGCACAACUCCGUAGUGAUUAGAAACGACGGUGAGGAACGGCUUUGGAAUGCCGGUGGCUGUUUGCCUCUCAAAGACCUGGCGUCUCUCUUGUCCUCGGAGAAGCUCGGAGCCUUGAAAAAAGAAUGUGGGGGACUGCAGACUCUUCUGAAGAACCACCGGUUCUUGUUUGUCGUGGAGAAGGGCACAGUGAAGUUACGAAUCCCUCUCCCCAAGAGGGAACUAAAGAACAUAAACUGGGCAACGUGGAAGAUAAAGCCAUGCUGGUUCCACCAUAAUCAUCCAGAUGGUUGUCCACUUUCCACCACUGACUGCCCUAGUCAGCAUUAGUUAGUUUAACUUCAAGUAAGCAUGUGAGAACAUUACAUUUGAAACUUUGUGAACACAUCUUUUACUUAAUUUAAUUUUUGUUUCUUGAGGUUGGCUGCUGAAUUUUAUGAAUUUUUUAUUUUCGUAACAAAGAAACUGUUUCAAAAUAUUGUGUUAUUUAUGCUGCUGAAAAUGCAUUAAAUACCACUUAUGGUCUUCUAUAUUUGACAUACUCAAAACAAUUAUUGUUUUUUUUUUGUGGCAGUUUGCAUCAAUAUGAUGUUCUUAUAUUUGUUAUUUAUUCUUUGAUUGAUAGUAAUAAUAAAAAAAUCUUAAAAAAAAAA